UGGUGCUGCCGAGGCGGCGGGCGGCAGAGGGAGGGCAGCCCGGGGGAUGCGAGGCGGCCCCGGCGCACCAUGGCUGGGUUCGUACCGCUGCUGCUGCUCCUGCUGCCGGCGGGACCCACUUGGGGCUCCAAGGAAAAGUGCUUGACCAAGAUGUACACGACGAGUGGCGAGUGCUGCAAAGCCUGCAACCUGGGCGAGGGUGUUGUGCAGCCCUGUGGGGUCAACCAGACCGUCUGUGAGCCCUGCCUGGACAGUGUGACCUACUCGGACACAGUGAGCGCCACAGAACCGUGCAAGCCCUGCACGCAGUGCGUGGGGCUGCACAGCAUGUCUGCACCCUGCGUGGAGUCGGACGACGCCGUGUGCCGCUGCGCCUACGGCUACUUCCAGGAUGAGCUGAGCGGGAGCUGCAAAGAGUGCAGCAUCUGUGAGGUGGGCUUUGGCCUCAUGUUCCCCUGCCGGGAUUCACAGGACACCGUCUGUGAGGAGUGCCCCGAGGGCACCUUCUCUGAUGAGGCCAAUUUUGUGGAUCCCUGCUUGCCCUGCACCAUCUGUGAGGAGAACGAGGUGAUGGUGAAGGAGUGCACGGCCACCUCGGAUGCUGAGUGCAGAGACCUCCACCCACGCUGGACAACACACACCCCAUCCCUGGCAGGUUCUGACAGCCCCGAGCCAAUCACCAGGGACCCCUUCAACACCGAGGGGAUGGCCACCACCCUGGCAGACAUUGUCACCACCGUCAUGGGCAGCUCGCAGCCUGUUGUGAGCCGUGGCACUGCUGAUAACCUCAUCCCCGUGUACUGCUCCAUCCUGGCAGCUGUGGUGGUGGGGCUGGUGGCUUACAUCGCCUUCAAAAGGUGGAACAGCUGCAAGCAGAACAAGCAGGGAGCCAACAACCGCCCUGUGAACCAGACGCCUUCCCCAGAGGGGGAGAAGCUGCACAGCGACAGCGGGAUCUCAGUGGACAGCCAGAGCUUGCACGACCAGCAGCCGCCCAACCAGAGCACGCAGGGACCAGCACCAAAGGGAGACGGGAACCUGUAUGCCAGCCUGCCGCCCAGCAAGCAGGAGGAAGUGGAGAAACUGCUGAGCAGCUCGGCGGAGGAGACGUGGCGGCAGCUGGCCGGGGAGCUGGGCUACAAGGAGGACCUCAUAGACUGCUUCACGCGGGAGGAAUCGCCCGCCCGAGCGCUGCUGGCCGACUGGUCGGCCAAGGAAACGGCCACUCUCGAUGCCCUCCUGGUGGCCCUCCGGAAGAUCCAACGUGGGGACAUCGCUGAGAGCUUGUACAGCGAGUCCACCGCCACCUCACCUGUGUGAAGGGUGGCCUGGGGGGGGGAGGUGCAGCCGGGGGUCCCCUGCCCUGCUGCCUCAUUGCCUCCCCCCUCCCUGGCACCGAGAGCCCUGGAGAGGAAGAUGGGGAGGAAGAGGGGACCCCCCACCCCUCCUCGCUUUAUGGCCCUGUAUGCACUGAGCUCCUGUUUUCGGUAUCGCCCCCUCCCACCGCCACCCCCUCCUGGCAGCCCAUAACCUGGGCUCAGGGUCCUGCUCCGUGCCUGCCCCUGAAGCAGCCUUGAGGGCAGGAGCGAGCACCACUCUCAGGUCUCUCCUCUCUCUAUUUCUAGCGCCUUCUCCUGGUUCCAGGUCCCCUCCUACUCUUUUUUUCCAUUGUCUUCAUCACUGUUGUCUUCUGCUCCCAUCUGAUACCCCCAAAUUCAGCUGCUUUCCCCAAGCUGCAAGCAAAGGGCAGGGCUGGAGUGGGCACGGAGAGCAGCAGAGCAGUUGCAGCAGGAUUUGGGGAUGGGGCUGUGCCCUGGGGAUGGGCUGGGGGAAAGGACUCUGUUUCCAGCAGCCUCACCUACACUUAGGGUGUAACUUGGGGUGAGCCCAUGCUCAGGGCUGGCAGUGUUUGGUCUUGAUGGGGGGCAGACACCAAACACUGGGGGCAGCCCUAAGGAGAGCUCCAGGAGGGGAACACCAAAGGUCUAAAGGGCUGAAAAAGUGCCUGCAACAGGGAUGUGGCAAAAGAGCUUUGCUCGUCCUCCCCUUACCACAAACCAGGUGUCCUCUCACUGCACUGGCCCAGGAUCAAAGUCACCCAGGCGCCCCGUGCCAGCUCUCCUUGACCCCCAGCUCAUAGCUUUGGGGUCCCAGCUCCAGCUCCUGUCCCAGCAGUGAUGCUGGAGGAGCAGCUGCCAGGUGAACACCAUGAGCUUUCCCCUUUGAGCUGCCAUGGUCCUGGAGGACAUCCCCAUACUCCUGGAGGAUGUCCUACUCAAUGGGGCAGGUUCACCACCUCCCUCUCCCGGAGGCUGUUGGCAAAGCAAGGACUGCAAGUCGAGUUCACGCAUGGAUCUGCAUUCAUCCCAGCCUCCCCACUCACCUCGUGCUUCAUUCAGAAGCUUUACCAAGUGCAGAAGGUGAUUUUCUUUCCCUCUUUACGGAGCUAAGCAAGACUUGUAAAUAAUACUGUGUUGUUUUACUAAUGCUCAAUGUUUUUACGUCUGGCGUGGAUGACCUCUGCUGCAGCGCACCGCAGGCUGCUCGCUCACAGCAUCGUGCCUGCAAGCUGAGCUUUCCCUUUUGCAGCCAUGUCCUCGUUCCCACCUUGUCUUAAAGACUGGCCUUAAAGACUCAAUGGAGAAUGCAAGGAAAUGCACACAUGCACGCUCCAGAAAUGAUCGCGAAACUCAAAAGAAUUGAAGGAUUCGGCCAUUCCAGGUUGUUGCAGGGAGAGCUUUGUUCUUUGCAGGCUGUUUCUCUUUGACUAUCAGGAAGCACUUCAGGUUGCCCAAAUGGGUUGUGGAGUCUCCUUGCUGGAGAUCUCCAAAGCCCACCUGGAUGUGGUCAUGGGCACCAUCCCUUGGGGGGCACCAGGUGGACGCAGAGGUGCCUCCAGCCUCAGUCAGGCUGGGAUUCUCAAAGCUAAUCUCAAUGGGAACUGAGCACUUAAUUCCUUUAAAAGCCUUUGGAAUGUUGCUGCCUGUGUUUCAGAAAAUGAUAGAGCACAGGCUGCAUUUGGAUCACGUUGGGAUGUUCAGCGCCUCAUGCAAAGCAUCUGUGCAGCAAGAACAGAGACCCCUUCAUGAGAACAACUGUGCCAUACCUUGACCACUGGCUCCACACACUGAACUUGUUGGAUGGGAAGAUUCAGUCCUAACAGGGCUACGUUUUCCAUCUCUGCAUCCUGAAUCUCUCCCACCACUGAAGUCCAAGGGAACUGCCCCAGAUGCAAGCCCCUGGCUGGGGCACUGAUUCCUCCAGACCAAGCCAUUCUCAUGGAUGCUUUGGGACAAGUGUAAAUGCUGGUUGUUGCAUUGUUGGUUUCAUCAGUCCCUUUUUUUUUUUUUGGAAGAAGUGACUCAAACCAAGCACUGGGUACCGCCAACUCUGGAUCCAAAACUGCCUGCUUCAGUCUGGCCAAGCCCACGUGUGCAGUGCCAGACAUAAAUUGCUUUUCUUCAGGACAAUAUUGCUACGGUCUCAGGUUUCUAUUGCCAUAGCAAAGGGUGGUUUCCUCACCCUUCAACCAACCUCACGGCUGAGAAAACAGAGACAAACUCAGCAUCCAAAGAGAAGCCACGGGAUGCCUCGAAUCCCACGUUGCAGGAAAAAAAUAAUAAUAUUAACAAUAAAAACUACAAAAAAAAAAGGGGAAAAACAAGCCAAAGUUAGUGCUCGUCGGUACGUUUUGUGUCCUUUUCUAAUGUUUCUGUUGUACAAAGAACGUGAGUUUCUCCACUUGUUCCCCCGAUCCCUUCUGUAAUACCAAUGCCAGUUUAUUAGAGAGUCUUACGGUGAAGAAAUUGCCGUCGUAGAAGGAGUUUGUGGGUGUGCUGGGAGGGCUGAGCAGCAUGAGGUGGGAGGGCAUCUGCACGGGGGUCAGCUCGGCGGUUCUAUCAUUGUGUAUCAGUUGGGUGCCAAUAAAGAGCAUCACAACGUU